UCGUUGGAUGUAUUUUGACAAGCAGCAGUGGGAGGUUUUGGCUGUUUAACUGCGUAAGGGGUCGACAUACCUUGAUAUACAAAAACAAAUGGGGAAGGACAGGAAUUUUUCCCGACACUUUCGGAUCUUCAUCCCCAAGAAGCACCGGCCGCGGUUCGAUGAGGUGGUGUCUCAAAGCCUGAUCAACCGGAUCUGCCAUGGGAAGAGCUUCACCGAGCACAGCCAGAGCCGCCUGCACCGCAGCCGCAGCGAGGACCACCAUGAGCGGCUACUGGUGUCCACCCGGGCCAGCUCCGUGCCACGCUCCGGAGAGGAAAACGCUGCUGGCAAGGGCUUGAGAAAGACUGCCUCUCUCGUCGCAGGCAGCUCGGGGGCCUCGGUUAACCGGAGGACGGUGCGUGUAUACAAAGGCAACAAGAGUUUUGGAUUUACAUUAAGGGGACAUGCUCCAGUGUGGAUUGAUUCAGUCAUUCCAGGUAGCCCAGCAGAGAAAGCUGGUCUCAAACCUGGAGACCGCAUAUUAUUUCUUAAUGGACUAGACAUGAGAAACUGUUCCCACGAGAAGGUGGUGUCCAUGCUGCAGGGAAGUGGUGCCAUGCCAACCCUAGUGGUGGAGGACGGACCUGCUAACAUUGUCAUGGACCCUGAGCCGGAAGAGUCCCCCGCCGACUCCCACUCCCUUGCUCUCAGAUCCCUGCAGUGGGUGGCGGAGAUCCUACCCUCCAGCAUCAAGGUGCAGGGUCGAACUUUUAGUCAGCAGCUGGAACACCUGCUCACCCACCAGGAGAGCUACACCAUCUGCAAGGCUCUGGAGGGCUUCUUCCAGCACAGGAAUGUGGACACGCUGAUUGUGGACGUGUUCCCAGUGCUGGACACUCCGUCCAAACAGGUGAUCUGGCAGUUCAUCUACCAGCUACUGACCUACGAAGAGCAGGCGCACUGCCAGCAGAAGAUCGUCCGCUUCCUGGGGUACAAGUCUGCCAUAGCGACUGGGGAGACUGGGGAACAGGCCCCCGAAACGCAGCCGCGCAGCAGUUCAGUCCGUGUGUCAUCCAGCCGCAGGGAGAGGGGUAGCGUCCGAGCACGUGCACCUGAGGAGGGGACAGUAGGGGGCCACACUGACCCCGGGGAAGUGGGGAUGAGACUGGCCCCUGGAGAAAGGCAGUCUGGAGACGGGACGUCACUUCCACAGACACCCAACCUCAAAAACAUGUCUGCAGUGUACACAGAGCUGGAAAGCAGCUACACAGGGAAGAAGAUGAAGUCCGCUCAGAACCGGGCCUCUCCGGUGCCAGACCAGCUGGCAAACACAGUUACUGGACUGCAGCAUUCCCCCAUUGCAUUGGCUAACUCAGGGAAUCGGAAGUCAGGCCUGUCUCCGUCCUGGCAGGAGCCAGCGGCCUCUCCACAGUGUCGCUGCUACCCUCACAACCUCCCAUCCCCAAGCAGCGCUGAGUCAAACCCCUACGCCAGCCUGGACAGCCCACUGCCCUCCCCCCAGCCCCUGGAGUACACCACCAGCCCCCUGUCCCGCCGAAAGAAGCUCUUCACCUUUUCACGGCCCCCCCGCAGUCGUGACACAGACAAGUUCCUGGAUGCCCUGAGCGAGCAGCUCGGACACCGCGUCACCAUCGUCGACGACUUCCUGUCGCCCAAGAACGACUACGAGGAGUUGGAUUUCCAGGAUGAGCAUGAGGCCAGCUUCCUCUCCCAUGACCUGGACAGUGCAAGCGAGUAUGUGAGCAGCAGCGAGGAUGGCUCCCUGAACUACUCCUCCUCCUCGGACCACAUCCCCCCUCCGCCCCAGAGCCCCCCGCCCCUGCCACCCAUCCACUUUCAUGACUCCAAGCCUGAGACACUGAACCGAGAUAUGAACAGGAGCCUUCCUCUACCCCCACCCCCACCACCGCCACCGCCACCGCCAAGCAAACCCAGCCUGCCUCAGACACACCACGCCAUUCAUUCUCUUCACUCUAGUCACCUCAAUCCAGCUCACCUAACCAAUCAGAAUCUUCACCAUAGUCACCCCAAUCCAGUUCACCACACCAAUCAGAAUCUUCACCCUAGUCACCCCAAUCCAGUUCACCACACCAAUCAGAACCUUCACCCUAGUCUCCCCAAUCCAGUUCACCACACCAAUCAGAAUCUUCACCCUAGUCUCCCCAAUCCAGUUCACCAUACCAAUCAGAAUCUUCACCCUAGUCUCCCCAAUCCAGUUCACCACACCAAUCAGAACCUUCACCCUAGUCUCCCCAAUCCAGUUCACCACACAAAUCAGAACCUUCACCCUAGUCUCCCCAAUCCAGUUCACCACACCAAUCAGAACCUUCACCCUAGUCUCCCCAAUCCAGUUCACCACACCGAUCAGAACCUUCUCCUUGGUCAUCCCAAUCCAGCUCACCUACUAACCAAUCAGACUCUUCACUCUGGUCACCCCAAUCCAGCUCACCAGACCAAUAAUCCCAAUCCUCCCAGUCACUCAAAUUUGACCCACCACUCCAAUCAGAUCAAUACCACACACUACUCCAGUCAGACCACUCAUGCCAACCACUCCAAUCCAACCCACCGCCCCAACCAGACCACUCACCCCAGUCAGUCCCAUCUCUCUAACCAAUCCAAUCAAGUGCCACCGCCUCCUCCACCCCCUCCUCCCCCCUGCGGACCCCCACCCCUCCCUCGGGCUUUUCAUCGUCGCAGCGAGUCCAGCCACAUGAGCGUCAAGCGUCUGCGGUGGGAGCAGGUGGAGAAGUCAGAAGGGACCAUCUGGGGUCAGCUUGGAGAAGACUCUGACUAUGACAAACUAAGUGACAUGGUAAAGUAUCUGGACCUGGAGUUGCACUUUGGAACACAAAAGACUGCAAUUUCUCUUCCAGAGCCAACCUUCUUACCCGAGUUUAAAAAGAAAGACGUGGUCGAAAUUCUCUCUCGUAAAAAGGCGUAUAACACAUCUAUCCUGAUUGCGCACCUGAAGCUGUCCCCAGCUGAGCUGCGUCAGAUCCUGAUGACGAUGGUCAACGACCGCCUGGAGCCGUCACACAUCAAGCAGCUGCUGCUGUACGCCCCUGAUGAAGAGGAGGUCAAGCAGUACCAGCAGUACACGCAGGGCCCCAGCAAGCUCAGUGAGCCAGACCAGUUUGUUAUGCAGAUGCUGUCGGUGCCAGAGUAUAAAACCCGUCUGCGAAGUCUUCACUGUAAGACAACUCUGCAGGAGAAGACAGAGGAGAUGAAGGCUGGGUAUGAGUGCAUCUACAACGCCUCACUGGAGCUGAAGAAUAGCAAGAAACUCGCCAAGAUACUGGAGUUUGUGUUGGCCAUGGGAAACUAUCUCAACAAUGGACAGCCAAAAACCAAUAAAACCACAGGAUUUAAAAUCAAUUUUCUCACAGAGCUGAGUACUACAAAAACAGUAGAUGGGAAAUCAACUUUCCUGCACAUUCUUGCCAAAUCACUGGGCCAACACUUUCCUGAACUUCUGGAUUUUGCCAAGGACCUAACCACAGUGCCCCUUGCUGCCAAAGUUAACCACAGAACAAUCACAGCUGACCUUAUUGACCUUCACACCACCAUACAAGACAUCCGGACUGCCUGCCAGAAAAUGCCUGUGACUGCCGACGACAGGUUUGCCACUGUAAUGAGCGGGUUUCUAGAGAACACUCACCCUGCUGUCCAGUCCCUGGACUCACUGCAGCAGCGAGCGAUAGAAGAGUUCAGCAAAGUGGCCUCCUUCUUUGGGGAAGACAGCAAAGCUACCACAACAGAGGCCUUCUUUGGCAUUUUUGCUGAGUUCAUCAGCAAGUUUGAGAGAGCUUUCAGGGAGAUGAGAGCCACAGAGAACCAGCGCAGUACAAGAAUGAGCUCCCCGCUGGCCUGGUGAUGUCUUUGAAAGAAGUGUGUUGUUCUGGAAAAAAAAAACAUAAAACAAGGAUCUAAGCUCCUUCACCGAAAAGCAAAAAAAUUAAAGACUGAUUGCAAAUUGUAUAAAGAACAGGAGUGAGGUAGAAGCUCACAGACGGAGGCAUUUAAUUGCAUUCUAUCAAGAACAAGUCAUUUAAUCAACACAGUAAAUGUUAAUAAAUUGACGAGAGACUGUACAUGAAGUGUUUACAAUACGGUGUGAAUCUGUGGUGACACUACACCUAGAAUACACACCAAACUCCCUCUCCUCCUCCCCAGACUAAUACAAACAGGACUGUUCAAUUUAAAUGAAAGAAGACAUUACAGGAUAACGCAGGACAAAAUAAGCAGUAAAAAAACAAAUCAAUAAUUAAAUGAUAUGUCACGCAAAAUGAAAACAGUGGAAAUAAAGAAACACUUUUAUCCUAAAGUUUGAAGAAGACAAAAAAGCAACUAUAAUUUAGGUUUAGUUUAAUGAGGCUGCUUACUUGCAGUUUUCUAGUUAAAUAUGUUUAAUUUAUUUUGGGGUUACCUAUGCAAGACCCUAAUGACAUGCAGUACACCUCAUCUGACAACUGCAAGUGGCCACAUCUUACAGGCUAACUUCAGCAUUAAACUUGAGACGAAUUAGACCUUGAAUCAAGCUUUGUAACCACUUGAGGCAACGCCCUGUGUAAACAUUUAUAGAGUACUUGCUGGUCGCCGUCAAUAAUUGAAAUACUUCAGAUUUAUUGUAAAUCUGAUUUUAAAAAAAAAACAUGCAGAGGGUAGAUGGUUUAUUUUGUAUUAUUAUUAUUGCUUGCAUACGAUACCCACAUUGUGUAAAUCUCUCCUUUAUCUGCUCAAAUUGGAGAUUAGAAAUGCUCUGAAAGGGGUGAUAUUGCAGCUUUACAAACCAGUCUAGUGUUAAAACUCCAUGGAUAAGCUAGUUGUUUAAAAUGUGAUUUACUUUAUAAGGUUAAAUCGGUCCACUAAUAAUAUAAUUAUUUUUUUUAGUACAGAACAGUAUGCUUUUUUUAAUUAAUUCUUUGAAUUCUUAGGCUACUGAAAGCAGACAUAUACAUUGCAGUCCUUAAAACCAUUCCUAAUUGCUGUUACUCCCAAACAUAUUUUAAAAUCUGUUUGAGCGAGGAUACUUUAGUUUAUCUUGAGUCAAUAUAACAAGUCGAUCUGUAUAAUUUGUAUGAAUAAAUAACAGCUUGUUCCAAUUGUCAUUUGUUAGAAAGCUGUACAGAAAAAAACCCAGCUACAUAUGUAUGACUGUUAACUGUUUACUGUAAUUUCUACAUAACAUUCUUUUUAAAUGGAUAACUAGACGGCAAUGUGAAGGCGCUUUCUGAAGAGAUGUUAUUUUAUUCAGUGUUUUAUAUUUACUUCUGUGGUUUACAUAACAGAAAUAUUUAGAGAAAUACUUUGGUUCUCCAAAUCCAUAUUUCUGACUUCUCUAGUCCUCUAGGAGUUUGAAUUAGCUUACAUUUUUAGUAAGGAGGUUGCAAUGCUGGAAGAAUCAAUGGGGAGUAAAUUAAUUUUUUCUUUUUUAAAUUAAUUUUUGUAAUUGCUACCUGCAGGGUAGCAAUGAAAUUAUUUUAAUAAGCUACUAAAAUAUAUGACGUUUUAAAAAAAUAUUUGUAUUUACAGCAUUUGCAUCCAGUUACAAAAACAUGAAUAAAUAAACAGAAAGUUGCUAAUGAUUGGUAAUAAAAUUCACACUCCAUGUUUAGGAAUACAAUCUCAAGAAGUUAAGGUUCUCCUGAGUUAGGUAACAUUUAUACUGUAGGUUCUAGGUUGAGAACUUACCUUGUUUUUGUAUUUUUCCUUUCAAAUUUACAUUGGAUCACGAGUCGAUUGAAGAUGCAAGUCUAUAGGAUGACUUCCAGACAAGAUGGUGAACUCAAUUGAGAGUCUUUCUCUUUAAUAGAUACAUUUGUUUACAUUCAGCUAAUAUACAGUACAGGUAUAGAUAUUUCAUGAUUGGCCUGAAUUAAAUCUAAUUGUAUGGGGCUGCCUUAGCUAUACUUUAUAAUGGUCAAUGUUUUGAUGUUUACCUCAUAUGAAUUUAAUAUCAAUGCAACAUGACAACAAUAACACGGGUUUAUAAGUUACAGAUUAGUUUAUUUCAAAUAAUUCUUAAUGCCACUGCCAUAAUUUAAUCUAGGCUGAUGUGUUGAUGUUUACCUCAUCUGAAUUUAACAUCAAUGCAACAAUAACACGGGUUUAUAAAUUACCGAUUAGUUUAUUUCAACUAUUCUAUCUCUGCUCCUUUCAACACAAAUAAAGUUUAUAGUUCAGGAAAACAAAUAGACAAAAUAAAAAAAUAGACUUUAUUGGGCUAGAGAAUAUUAAAACAGCUAUUGUCACUUUUGCAUUAUUAAUUUUAUGAUGUAUUUAUUAAUCGGAGGAUUGUGUGUGCAUGUGUAAAAUAUUAUGUCUAUAGAUUAUUAUUCCUAUUUAUUAAUUUUAUUUAUUUUAGUUUUUCUGUUUAUUUUAAGCUGCUCUGAAUUGGCUUCUGUUUUAGACCUGAAUCAUGCUGCAGCUUGUGGCAUACAGACGAUUCAUUGUUUUGUAUUGUGUACAGCAAUGUUAGCAGCAGAUGCAGACAAUAAAACUCUUUAUGGAUCCUAACGUU